AAUGGAUAGUGAAAGCUGUCUUUGUUAUUGUGCUGUUUUCAAUUUAAAUUCACACUGACCGAAAGGGGUAAACGGGAAUUUACGGGCACUUUCAGUGCGUCACUAAAACGGAGGCAGUGUCUACAAUUGGGUACUUGGGUAUAACUGACACUUACUUGGUCCAAUCGCAUGUUUUUACGACACGACUCGUUUGUCCAAUCACAUCAUGUUAUGACGACACGACUUGUUUAUAGUAGGGCAGUGUCGCAAUCAUUUGACAUUCACUCUACUAGCUACAACAAGAACGACUGGAAAUAUGGCGCCACUAAUCAACAUUUGAGAUUUUAUAUAGGUGGAAAGAAAUACAUUCUGGUGAAAAUGAAGCCUUUUCGUAUUGUACGACAACUGACGACGGAGAAUAAUCUAUUUGUUUUGGACGAGGAAUAUCAGAAUACGUGAGGAUAAUUCCUAGGAUCAUGGACAUCGCUCAAGAAAAAAUGGCAUCAAGUGUUGAUUUUAGGAAGGGUUCUCAUCGAACUGCGAUGGAGAGGUUUGGCGACGGGGGUAUGGCGCUUCUACCGUGGACCAAGCACGUACUGACCGUACUGUGGGAACAACUACGGGUGUUGGUCCAUGUCAUUUACUACAUCUUCUUGGCAGUUUUCCAAAUGUUCAGAUUUGAAGUUCACCUGAGAAUCACGGAUGAAACUGGUCAACACGUCCAGCACAUGACCACGGCAUCAAAUCCAGCCGACUCCUUCCUCUUCUCCUCAUUGUUUGACAGUGAAGAAAGUGUCAUGCUUGCUGGCUCUAACCCCCUAUCGAAUUUCUGUGGGGACGUGGGUGAUUCUUUCUCUGGGAAUCCCCACGCAGGGUCCCUUCUGUCCAGCCUACGGGCUGAGGAGCUGUGCUGCGGAUUGGUGGACGACUUUGUGUCCUGCGCCACAAUGGAUAGCGAAGAUGGACUUUGCCUUGGACUCCACCCCAGCUGGAAACUGGGCUUUCCAGGUGACUGGAAGCUGUUUAUGAGCAGCACUGACAGCAGCUCCAGCUCGGAUGAAAUGUGUUGCAAGAACAAGGAGAAAGUGUUUGGCUUCAAACCCAAACAUGACACCACUGAAGAUGAUAUGGAUCUUAACUGGGGAAAGGAGGCUGACAGAAACAUGGGUGAGUUUGACAGUGAGGACAGUAAAGCACUUUGGGAGUCCUUGUCCAUCUCCAGCGACCCCUACAACCCUCUAUCUUUCUCCGCCUGCAUUUCAAGCUGCUCCAAUAUGGGGGAAAGAAAAAAUGAAGAUUGUGUUGGGAGCCGCCUCGAAUGUAACUUAUCCAGCAGGCCCGGCGAAGAACUUCAAGAGACCUGCGGUGGCGUGAACUUCUGGAGCAGCCGUUCAGAUAGUGAAAGCAGCUGGGGCAGUUCUGAAGGUUCGUGCGCAGACCUGGACAAAGAGGAGAGUGAGAGGCUCUGGGAGCUCUUCACCAGCCCCACCGACCCAUAUAACCCCCUGUGCUUCACGGCAUCUGUAGUCAGCUCAGUCCCUCAAACAGACAAAACACUUACACACUUCCAGGAGGCUGAAGGGGCCUCAGUCAUGACCUCAUGUUCUUCUGACACAGAGAGGGAGAGUGUGGGCCAUUCCUCUUCUGAGGAUGAUGAGGAGCAACGUCUAUGGAUGUCCCUCUCCCAAAACGACGACCUUGACCACCCUCUGAACUUCCGUGCCUGCUUCCAGAUAUCCCCGAAAACCACAGAACCACCUGCCUUCAGCACUAAAGACCCACUUACUCCACAUAGCUGCCCCACAGAGACCCCACUCGGCCAGGCUAAGCAGAGGGGGACCAAAAACCCCCAAACAACCAGGCCCACAAAGCCUUGUCUACCCAAGAGACCGCGGAAGCAGCAUUGCCACCCAGCUACUACGCUGGUGCCCUGGAGGAGACCUGAAGCUAAAGUAACACAGGAAGACAAGGACAUCCAUCCUCUAAAAAAGGUGCGUUUCUCACCACUUGUUCAGGUCCACGUGAUGCGUACUUGGCCCUUCGCUAGGCAUGUGUCUCGCAAAGGACCCUGGGAGGAGCUAGCCCGAGACCGAGGCCGGUUCCGAAGGAGGAUCCAGGAAGCAGAGCAGACCAUUGACUACUGCUUCAGUCAGUCUCACAGAGAGAAGAUCUGGGCCAAUCUGCUUAGCAUUUCAACAUCAGCCACACCUCUGGUCCAAGAGCUCCGAACAUAAAUGUUUUUCCAUCAUUUUCUAUUAGACAUUUGACUGGUUGCAAUGCAACACAUGUUUUUAGGUCCAUUAGAACAAAGGUGGUCCUAGGCCAAUAGGAUUUGGCAUCAAAUGUUACCCACACUGUACCUCAAAACACUCAAGUGACUGUUGCACUGAUUUUAUAUUUAUUAUAGUUUUUAAUCUUGUAUGUAAUGUACUUUCUGUAUGCCUUACUCAUUGAUCCAGCUAUGUCAUUUAUUCAUGCCCUAUGGAGCUUGUUUUUAUUGUGAAUGUUUUAAGUGUUUGAAUUGUAUCAGUUUUGAAAUGUUCAUCAUAAUCCAGGUAUGUGGUGUAUUUAGAACUCUAAUUAUUGUUGUUAUUAUUAUUAGCAGAUGGUAUUUGUGGUCAUACCGUAGUUAAUAAAUAAAACCUUGUUUCACACCAUAA